AUGGUCGCCCAAGCUCUCGUCGUCGUCUCCGCGUUGCUGGCCGCCGCCGUCGCCGUCGCCGCCGCAGAGUAUGUCCGGCCGCCGCCAGGGCGGAUCAUCCUCACGGAGCACACCGAGCCCGCCGACCAUCCUCAGCAGGCCCAUGUAUCGGCCGUCGGGGAGAGGCACGUGAGGGUGUCGUGGGUCACCGACGACAAGCACGCGCAGUCCGUGGUGGAGUACGGCAAGGCCUCCCGGAACUACACCAUGUCGGCCACCGGCGACCACACAUCGUACCGCUACUUCCUCUACUCCUCCGGCAAGAUCCACCACGUCACCAUCGGCCCGCUGGAGCCCAGCACCGUGUACUACUACCGGUGCGGCGAGGCCGGAAGAGAGUUCAGCCUCAGGACCCCGCCGGCCGCGCUGCCUAUCGAGCUCGCCCUCGUCGGCGACCUGGGGCAGACCGAAUGGACGGCGUCGACGCUGGCGCACGCCAGCAAGACGGACUACGACAUGCUGCUGGUGCCGGGCGACCUGUCGUACGCCGACACGCAGCAGCCUCUGUGGGACUCGUUCGGGCGGUUCGUGCAGCGGCACGCGUGCCGGCGGCCGUGGAUGGUCACGCAGGGCAACCACGAGGUGGAGGCGCCGCCCCUGCACCCCGUCCCGGCCUCGCCGCCCCCGUUCGCCGCCUACGGCGCGCGGUGGCGGAUGCCGCACGAGGAGAGCGGGUCGCCGUCCAACCUCUACUACUCCUUCGACGCGGCGGGGCGCGCCGUGCACGUCGUGAUGCUGGGCUCGUACGCGCCCUUCGACGCCAGCUCGGACCAGUACCGGUGGCUGGCGAGGGACCUCGCUGCCGUGGACCGCCGCGCCACGCCCUGGCUCGUGGUGCUGCUGCACGCGCCCUGGUACAACACCAACGCCGCGCAUCAGGGCGAGGGCGAGGCCAUGAGGAAGGCCAUGGAGCGGCUGCUCUUCGAGGCGCGCGUCGACGUCGUCUUCGCUGGCCACGUUCAUGCCUAUGAACGCUUCGUGAGUGUCUCUUUGUUCCCAUCAGUUCAUGGCGAAUCUAUUGGCUGUCCGAUGACACGUACUCGUUCCAAUUCGCAUUGCUGUCGUCGCAGACAAGGCUUUGAGAAGAACCACAGGCUGGCGCCAUUGUCGAUGAUGAGGGAAGCGAGCUUCGGGCACGGGCGGCUGAGGGUGGUCAACGCGACCUCGGCGCACUGGUCGUGGCACCGCAACGACGACGCGGACUCCGUGGUUCGCGACGAGCUCUGGCUGGAGAACCUGGCCGCCAAUGCCUCGUGCCGGCAGCGGCAGCACGACGAGCCCACCGCCGUCAAUUCACGGGACGAUGAGUUGUAG